AUAUCUCCGGUUGAUGAGAUCGAGGCGUGCCGCAUUUACUCGUCUAGUCACGAUUGAGGAACCGUCGACAUAAAUUAUCUGUCUUCCGUUUCACGGACGCUGUUGAAGGUGUUUAACUAUGUCUCCAAGAGAUAUAGAACAACAGACAUUUGAUAUUAUUAGUUGCUUCUUUGAAGAGGAGCAGAACCCAGUAUGUUUUCGGAAGGUGUACCGAGACAUUGAGUCUGAUGGACCUGGCGAUGAUGACGGGUUUGAUCCAGUUGUAAUAGCUGAUAAACUGAGGGAACUUGGAGAUGAUUUUGAUGUUAAGUUUAUCCAGCCUCAUAUCAGAAAACUCCAACAAGCAGUUGCAGACAAGGCGGUGGAGGAGUUUGCGCGUACCGUGGACAGCCUGUGUGCGGCCCAGAGAGCAGAGGUGGCCCCUGAGAUGCAGCUGCUGAAGGCCUCCAUGGCCCUGGGUCUGUACGUUAAGAAGACCUGUCCUGACCUUAGAGCUACCAUCCAGUCUUGUAUGACUGCCUUCAUUAACACCCGGCUGGCUGGCUGGAUCACCCAGCAGGGAGGAUGGGAUCAAGUUACUAUGGUAUAAAAACAUGGAGAAGAUGUCAUCCACAUAAUUUUUGUACAAUGAGGAAGAGGUCUUAAUGAGGAGGUCUUAACUCCUCUGUAUGUGUUAAGUCUUCCCUCUUUCUUUCUUUCUCCCUCUUUCUUCCCUCUUCCUUUUUCUUUCUCCCUCUUUCCUCCCUCUUCCUUUCUUUCUCUCCCUCCUUCCCUUUCUUUCUUUCUUUCUUUCUUUCUCCCUCUUCCUU